AUGUCGUCAUUGCAACAGGCGAAAUGCACGGAAGCAAUAGCGCAACUUAAACAAGCAGAAAAAGCAUUAACUAAACGUUCAUUCUUUCGUAAUGCACCUGAUUAUCUCGCGGCAGCGCCAUUGUUGGAAAAAGCAGGCGAACUCUUUCGACUCGGCGGUGAUUUUGAAGCCAGUAAAGACGCUUUUGUACGCUGUGCCGACGCCCAAGAGCACAAUCAGUCGCCAUUUCGUGCUGCUCAAGCGUGGGAAAAUGUAGCCAAGACGGCAUUGCAGCAGUACAAGGCUGAACGUUCUGGUGUGAAGAGCGUUUAUCAACGCACGACCGAAGCUCGGAAAGCUUAUGAAAGAGCCAGUGGCCUUUACGUGGACAUGGGGGAGCUUGGUAAAGCUGCUGAUGCACUGAUAAAAGGUGCACAGGUCUGUGAAAGUCACGGCUCAAAGACGGACGAUGUCUUGCCACUUUAUUGGCAGGCGUGUGACCUGUUGGAAGCACAGGACAAACCUCAUUUUGCAGUCGAGACAUUUCGUAAAACAUUGAGUUUUCUAGUAAAACAUGAGCAUUACAGUGAUGCAUUCAAGCUAUUGGAUCGCAUGACGGUACUCUAUGAAGCCAUGGAUCAGAAACAUAAUGUGCACAAGACCCAUUUGAGCCAAGUGAUACUCCACCUUGCAUCAGGUGAUGUACCUGCAGCAGACGCACUCUACUCCCGUUGCUUACAGGAUGACUCGUUUCUAUCUUCGGACGAUUGUGCGCUCGCAGAGGACUUGGUACGGGCGUUUAAGAUGGGCAACGAAGAACUGCUGCAGGCUACGGUGCGCAAACCUGGCUUCAUGGCGCUUGACAACCAGAUUGGCCGGAUAUGCCGCAAAUUGUCGGUGUAUGGAUCCGGGGAUGCCGUUUCUUCACAGCCGAGGCGCCAACAGAGGCCAGCUUCCUCGACUGGAGGAAGCAUGCACCAACAGCCGCAGUCAAAGCAACGCAACCCGUUCGCACCAUCAGCACGCGCAGAACGUGCAACCCCUGCCGAACGCAUACCUUCUUUACGAGUGCCAGCUCCAACGCAAACAUCUUUGCUAAACUCGGAAUAUGCGUCAUCCGAGGCACCGACGGCAUUAACCACUGAUGCACAUGACAGUGACUACGAAGCUGCAUUGGCCGAGGCGUUUGGUGAAGUAGACGUUUCAAAGAAGAAAAAGAAACUCGCAACACCAACAUCGGUCUCCAAGCCUCCGCAACCUGCAUCGCCGAAGUGCACCGGUUCAUCUUUCAGUUUUUCACCAAACAUGGCUCCCUCUCCGUCGCCUACCGCAGCACGUGCUAGCGCUCAUGCGAAUUAUGCGUUCGAUGAUCUCGAGUUUGCCAUGGCGGAUUCCGACUCGCUUGAAUUUUCGUUGAGCGAUUCGGCGGAUACUGGCACCAGUGGCCACUCUGAUUCAUUUGAAACAGCUACGAUACCUGCUCCGAAGGCAGAUGUACCAGUGGCGAAACCUGCACCCAAGGCAGCAGCUCCUGUGUACGACGAAUUCGACCUCACAUAG